AUGCGGCGUUCCUGGACAAUCUUGAGAAAGAGUCCAAGGAAUUCAACAAGGCAUGCGAAGCCUCCAUUUUCCGAAGCAUUAGCAUUACUGACACUGGCACAGGAUGAGGAGAUCGAUCGCAUCAUGAAGGCCUUCCGCGCCAACGCUUACGAUGUCAUGGAUCUGCAGCCUGGUGUGCCUGACGAGGACAUCAAGAAGAUCUAUCGCAAGAAAUCACUUCUGAUACAUCCCGACAAGACCAAGAACCCCAACGCGCAGGACGCCUUCGAUCGGCUUGCAAAGGCACACCAAAUGCUGCUGGACGAGAAAGAGCGUGCGAAGCUGGACGAAGCGAUCGGAGAUGCGCGCAUGCUCCUGAUCCGGGAGAAGAAGUUGACCACCGACAGCGAAGAAGUCAAGGACCCCGAUGUCGACUUUAUCAAAGAGUGGAAGAACAAGGUCAAAUACGUGCUGGCAGACAAUGAGGCUCGCAGGCAGCGUCAGAUGAAAGCUCAGAUGCAGGAGGAAGGCAGGCAGAAGAAGAAGGAAGACGAGGAGAUCGAGGCAAGGAAGCGGAAGAGAGAGCACGAGCAGGAUUGGGAGAAGACUCGUGAACAUCGCAUUGGACGCUGGCGCGAGUUCACCAAGAAACACAGCGCAGAGAAAUCGGGCAAGAAAAAGAAGAUGAAGACAUUAGGUUGA